GCAUGCGCCGUGGAGUCGAUACGCUCUCGAGUGUGAUGAUGCGAUCGGGGCUGUGCGGGUACAGUUCGCGGUGAAUCUUUUCUAAAUACACUGUUGUUAAGAUAUAAUUUAUCUUCAAGAGCAAGAUUAGUGAACGAGUGAGGUGCUGAGGCAUUAAAUAUGGCCUCAGACGAAGAAGUUGAGGAGUCCUUUGCCGGGGAGGAGGAAGCAGAGGAUGCUGCUGGCCGCAAUGAAGAUGCCUCACAUGAUUCUGAUGAGGAUAAAAAGGCUGGGGACGAUGAGUAUGAGCCUGAAGAAAGCCACAGUAAAAGGAAGAAAGGAAAGAAGCGAAAGGCUAAAAGUGAAGGCAAAAAAGAUAAAAAGAAAAAGAAGAAGAAGAAAAAUGACAGUGAAGAAGAAGCUGACUUUGAAUCCCAGGACGCUGGAGAUAAUGACACCUUGCAGGAUUCAGAUGCUGCUCCUUCGAGCAGCAAGAAAAGCAGCCGUAGGUCUCGAGGUAAACAAGAGAAGCAGGAGAAACCUCCCACAAAUUCCAAUGCAGCUGCAUCCAGCGAAUCUUCUGGAAUGCCUACAGUCAAUGAAGUUUGUGCUACCUUUGGCUUGACGGAUGUGGAAGUUGAAUAUUCAGAUGCUGACUAUCAGAACCUCACCACUUACAAAUUGUUCCAACAACAUGUGAGACCUCUUCUCUCUAAAGAAAAUCCGAAAGUGCCCAUGGGGAAACUUAUGAUGCUGGUCGCGGCCAAGUGGCGUGACUUCUCUGAAAUGAAUCCUCAUACUAAGGAACAAAUCGAAGAAGAAGAAGGAGGUAACGAGGAGGCAUACACUCCCAAACCCAGUCGGUUACGAUCCACGAGGGAUUCCAGAGCUGCGGAUCCCGAUGUUAAUGACGAGGAGGAGGAGGAAGAUGAUGAUGAAAUUGAACAGAGAUCAUCGAAAAAGAAGAGCCGAAGCCGCAGCAAGAAAUCUAGUGGUAGUAGUAAGAAGGCCAAAGUUCCCACAAUCAAGAUUAAAAUUGGCAGCAAGCGCAAGAGAGGAAGCUCUGAUGAUGAUGACAAUGGGGAUACUCGUUCAGACCAGGAUUCUGAUGCAGAAUUUGAACAAAUGCUGAAGGAAGCAGAAGAUGUGAAUAAAGAAGAGGAAGUGGAGGAGGCAGCUGAUGCGGAAGCAAAGGACAAACCCGAACAACCACGUCGUAAGGCCAAGACUAAAAUUGGCCAAAAGAACAAGAAGAAGAAGACCAAAACAACUUCAAAAUUCCCUGAUGGUGGUGAAGAGCAAACAGACCAUCAAGAUUAUUGUGAAGUGUGUCAACAAGGAGGGGAAAUCAUUCUCUGUGACACUUGUCCUCGUGCUUAUCAUUUGGUUUGUCUGGAGCCAGAGCUUGAAGAAACUCCAGAAGGGAAGUGGUCUUGCCCACAUUGUGAAAGUGAAGGCACCCAAGAGCAAGAAGAUGAUGAACAUCAGGAGUUCUGUAGAGUGUGCAAGGAUGGUGGAGAAUUGCUGUGCUGUGAUUCUUGCCCUUCUGCGUAUCACACAUUCUGUCUAAACCCUCCUUUGACUGAAAUUCCGGAUGGUGAUUGGAAGUGCCCGAGGUGUUCAGCAAAGCCACUACCUGGAAAAGUUCAAAAGAUUUUGACUUGGCGUUGGGUUGAAAAUGAUAAAAAAGAAGAGAAUGGAGAAAGCAAGCCAGUGAAGAAGUCACAGAGGCAGCGAGAGUACUUUGUCAAGUGGCAAGAUAAGUCUUACUGGCAUUGCUCCUGGGUAUCUGAAUUGCAGAUGGAAGUAUUCCAUGGCAUUAUGAUUCGCUGCUACACACGCAAAUUUGACAUGGAUGAACCUCCUCGCUUUGAGGACCCACUUGAUGAGAUGGAUGCCCGAAGAAAAAGGAUCACUGACGCUCAAGCAUUCUCUCAAAAUAUGGAAGAGAGAUUCUACAAGUAUGGUAUUAAACCAGAGUGGCUGCAGGUGCACAGAGUAUUGAACCACCGCUCCAUGCGUGAUGGCCGCAUGUUGUACCUAGUGAAAUGGAGAGACCUUUCUUAUGAAAGUGCAACAUGGGAAGAAGAUGAUGAUUCAACACAUGGGUUGAAGCAAGCUGUGGAGUACUACAUGGACCUGCGAGCUGCCUGCAAUGUGGAUUCUGGCAGUAGUAAGAAGUCCUCCAAAUCGAAGAAGGGCAAGAAGUCAAAGUCCAAGGAGAAUGACUAUGAUGGAGAAAGGAGCACACAGAGAAAGUUCAUCCCUCCUCCUGAAAAGCCCUCCACUGAUCUCAAGCGUAAAUGGGACAAACAACCUGACUAUCUUGAUGCCACUGGCUGUUGUCUUCAUCCCUACCAGUUAGAGGGCCUGAACUGGUUGCGGUACUCUUGGGGUCAAGGUCUUGAUACAAUUUUAGCUGAUGAGAUGGGUCUUGGAAAAACUAUCCAAACUAUUACAUUCCUGUACUCACUGUAUAAGGAAGGACAUUGCAAAGGGCCAUUCCUUGUGAGUGCUCCACUUUCAACCAUCAUUAACUGGGAGAGAGAAUUUGAAGUUUGGGCUCCAGAUUUUUAUGUGGUUACCUAUGUUGGUGACAAAGAUUCUCGUGCAGUUAUUCGAGAACAUGAACUCUCCUUUGAAGAAAAUGCUGUGCGUGGAAGCAGAGCAGGACGAAUUCGCUCCAACACAAUAAAAUUCCAUGUGCUGUUGACAAGUUAUGAGCUUAUUUCUAUUGAUGUUGCUUGCUUGGGAUCCAUUGAUUGGGCUGUGCUUGUCGUUGAUGAAGCCCAUCGUUUGAAGAGUAACCAGUCCAAGUUCUUUAGGCUGCUGGCUGGAUACAACAUUGCUUACAAGCUACUUCUCACUGGUACACCUCUUCAAAACAAUCUGGAGGAAUUGUUCCAUCUGCUGAACUUCUUGUCCAGCGAAAAAUUCAAUGACUUAGCUUCAUUCCAAAACGAAUUCGCGGACAUAAACAAAGAAGAGCAAGUUAAAAAAUUGCAUGACAUGCUGGGGCCCCACAUGCUGCGUCGUUUGAAAGCUGACGUACUCAAGAACAUGCCAACCAAAUCUGAGUUUAUUGUGCGUGUUGAAUUGUCUCCCAUGCAAAAGAAGUAUUACAAGUACAUCCUCACCAAGAACUUUGAAGCACUCAAUCCCAAAGGUGGAGGUCAACAAAUGUCCCUGCUCAACAUCAUGAUGGACUUGAAGAAGUGCUGCAACCACCCUUAUCUCUUCCCUGUGGCUGCACAGGAAGCACCUGUUAAUGCUAACGGGCAGUAUGAAGUUAAUGGUUUGAUCAAGGCCUCUGGUAAACUGACCCUCCUUUCUAAAAUGUUGCGCAAGUUGCAUGACACUGGGCACCGUGUACUUAUCUUCUCUCAAAUGACAAAAAUGUUGGAUUUAUUGGAAGAUUAUCUUGAAGGAGAAGGAUACAAGUAUGAGCGUAUUGAUGGUGGUAUCACUGGAACCUUGCGUCAAGAAGCUAUUGAUAGGUUCAAUGCCCCUCAAGCUCCGCAGUUUGCUUUCCUUCUGUCUACUCGUGCUGGUGGUUUGGGUAUCAAUUUGGCCACUGCAGACACUGUCAUCAUCUACGACUCCGAUUGGAAUCCUCACAAUGAUAUCCAGGCCUUCUCUCGUGCCCAUCGUAUUGGUCAGGCAAACAAGGUCAUGAUCUAUCGUUUCGUAACAAGAAAUUCUGUUGAAGAAAGAGUGACACAAGUGGCCAAGCGCAAAAUGAUGCUGACCCAUCUUGUUGUGCGGCCUGGUAUGGGCGGCAAGGCAACUAAUUUUACCAAGCAGGAGAUGGAUGACAUUCUCAGGUUCGGUACUGAAGAGCUCUUCAAAGAGGAGGAAGGCAAGGAGGAGGAUGCCAUUCAUUACACUGAUAAGGCUAUUGACGAACUCUUGGAAAGAUCUCAGGAGGGUAUUGAGCAGAAAGAGAACUGGGCAAACGAGUAUCUCUCUUCAUUCAAGGUGGCUAGUUAUGUCACCAAGGAAGGUGAUGAGGAAGAAGAAGUUACGGAAGUCAUCAAACAGGAAGCUGAAAAUACGGAUCCUGCAUACUGGGUUAAGCUGCUCCGCCACCACUAUGAACAACAGCAAGAAGAUAUUGCCCGUACCCUGGGUAAAGGAAAGCGAAUCCGUAAACAAGUCAAUUACAUCGAUAGCACUGUGGAAGGAAGAGAUCAAGAUACUACGUGGCAAGAAAAUCUUUCUGACUACAAUUCAGAUUUCUCAGCACCAUCAGACGAUGACAAGGAGGAUGAUGACUUUGAUGAGAAAGGUGGUGAUGGUGAGGGAGGCGGCCGCCGAAGCAAGCGACGGCCUGAGGGUCGUAGGGACGAGAAAGACAGGCCUCUGCCUCCCCUGCUGGCCAGGGUUGGCGGAAACAUUGAAGUUCUUGGCUUCAAUGCCCGGCAAAGGAAGGCAUUCCUCAAUGCCAUCAUGCGCUACGGAAUGCCACCUCAAGACGCAUUCAAUUCUCAGUGGCUGGUCCGCGAUCUUCGUGGCAAGUCUGAGAAGAACUUCAAGGCAUAUGUAUCUCUCUUUAUGCGUCACCUUUGUGAACCUGGAGCAGACAAUGCCGACACGUUUGCUGAUGGAGUACCCCGUGAAGGACUGAGCAGACAGCAUGUCCUCACUCGUAUCGGCGUCAUGUCACUGAUCAGGAAAAAGGUUCAAGAAUUUGAAAACAUCAAUGGAUACUACAGUAUGCCAGAGUUGAUCCGCAAACCUGUAGAUGCUGCUGUUAAAAGUGCUGCUGCCGCUGCGGGCGUUGCACCCCCGCCUGGUCCCGCUGAUGCUGCAGCUGCAGCAUCUGCUUUGGCCUCGGGAUCUUCCAGUGUGUCUGCAACACCAGGAACUAGUGCUUCCGCAAGUCCAGCACCUACUCCAACUCCAGGGGCUGCUGAUGAAAAUAAGGAAAAGGACAAGGAUAAGGAUAAGGAAAAAGAUAAGGAAAAGGAGAAAGAGGUGAGAAUGGGGGAGGACCUGACCAAAAAAGACGAAGAAUCUGAGAAGGAUGCUGAAGUUAAAGAUGAUAAGAAUCCUGUAGAGGAAGAAAAGGAGAAAGAGAAAGAGAAGAAUGGUGAAACUGCACCAGAUGUUGAGGAGGCUGAUGUUAAGGUCAAGAUGGAUGUUGAUGAGGAGCCUGCAAAGGAAGCGGAGAAACCAGCUGCUGCUACAGAAGAAAACGGAGAAGAAAAGAAGGAUGAAGUUCAGGUCAAGGAAGAGAAGGCUGACACAGAAGCAGGAAAGGAAGACAAGCCAGAAGAGGAAGGCGAGAAAACUGCUGUAAAGAAGGAAGCUGAGGUUUCAGUCAAGGCUGAAAACAAAGAUAGUGAAGAAGAAAAGACCACUGAGACAGAGAAGGAUGACAAGGAAAAAGAUGAGAAGAAGGACGGCAAAGAUGACAAAAAGGAGGUCAAGAAAGAAGAUGAUGAUGAUAUUGUGGUUGUUAAAGAUGUUGAGAAAGUCAAAGUUGAUGAGAAGAAGCUGGAGGAAGAAAUGGAGAAGGCCAAGCGGAAGUUCAUGUUCAACAUUGCUGAUGGUGGCUUCACUGAACUUCACACGCUGUGGGUCAACGAAGAGAAGGCGGCCGUUCCUGGUCGUGAAUACGAAAUCUGGCACAGGCGCCACGACUACUGGCUUCUUGCGGGAAUUGUCACUCACGGCUACGGCCGUUGGCAAGAUAUCCAAGCAGACAUUCGCUUUGCUAUCAUCAACGAACCAUUUAAAAUGGAUGUCGGCAAAGGAAAUUUCCUUGAAAUUAAAAACAAGUUCCUGGCGAGGAGGUUCAAACUUUUGGAGCAGGCUCUAGUAAUAGAGGAACAGUUGCGGAGAGCCGCUUAUUUAAAUUUAACCCAGGACCCAAACCACCCAGCGAUGUCGUUAAAUGCUAGGUUCGCUGAAGUGGAAUGUUUAGCUGAGUCUCAUCAGCACCUUAGUAAAGAGUCCCUGGCGGGAAACAAGCCAGCAAAUGCAGUUCUUCACAAAGUUUUAAACCAGCUUGAGGAACUGCUGUCCGAUAUGAAAUCGGACGUGAGCCGUUUACCGGCCACCCUGGCUCGCAUCCCCCCAGUUGCGCAACGACUGCAGAUGUCUGAGAGGUCAAUCCUUUCAAGAUUAGCAGCUACAACAACUGGAUCUGCACCUAGCACCCCAACCUCUUCUCAACCAGGUAUGAUAAGUGCCCAGUUCCCUUCUGGCUUCCCAUCUGGACAACUUCCAGGCAGCUUUGGAGCAGCCAACUUCAGUAAUUUCCGGCCACAGUACUCAGUCCCUGGACAACCCACAUCUCAGGGAUAUGUUAAUUAAAUUUCAUAGCUGCAUUAGUUUGGAUGCAUGUUGAUACUAAGUUAUUGGUGUGGAUUGAAGUGAGCUUUGUGUGGUGAUGAUACCAGGACUUCAGUCUUGUGUACAGCAUAUAUAUGCAGUGAUACUUCGGUUGGAACUUUCUCAAUAGAGUUUAAGAGCAAAUACAGUAGUGAGUGGAAGGUUUAGGUUUAAAGUGGUGUUUUAAAAGACAGAUUGGUGAAUGGUUUCAACUUCAACAUUCUACACUUCUUGGUGUGGUCAUUGUGCAAAUUUGUCUAUCACUCUUGCAUCUUUGUUUUUAUCCUCAUUUCAUGUCCAUAGAUCUCACAAGUGGCCUAUGAAGUUUCUGCUGUAUUCUGUUAAUUUAGCCUUGAAAUGACUUCAUUGGCUACGGUUUAUUUCUAAGCUAUUACUUGCCCAGAAAAUUAGAGAGGAAAUUUCAGUAUUUUCUUUGCUCCAAUUAGCUGGUGCUAUCUUAAUCAUGGUUCAGUUUUCUUAGUUUGCACAAAAUCAUAAAUUAUCUGGCAAAAGAUAAAUCUCGUUUCAAAACGGGCUUACAUUUAAAGAGCACUCUUGAUUUUGUGCAAGCUUUGUACAAAUACUUCCAAUUUCUUUUUUAUUCAUUUGUUCCAUUGUGAAAAUGGCAUAUUAAUGAUUGUGAUUUUAGGUUCAAUUUUUUUUUUGAACUAGAUGAAAAGUAACUUUUGUCUCCCUUUUAUAUCCACUACUAGUACGUACAUUUGUUUUGUAUUAUUGUACUAUGAUUUAUCUGUGCUUAUGGACUGUACUGCUAAUAGUCAACCCAUUCCUUCACAUUAAUUUGUCUGAGCAUAGUAUUUGGUUUCUUCACUUCAAAAUGCAAGUAAGCAUUUGAAUACUUGGCUUGAGAGGGAAUUUGGCUCCAGUCAUUUCCAUCACAUGAGAUCCCCCGCUGAGCACUUACGCAAAGUGCUUUGUGUAUUGCACUGACAGGAAAUCUAUAAAGGAUGAAACCAAAGAUAGAAUCAAAUGAUUUUGUUGACAGCCUGACAUUUUACUGUUAGCUGUGUUUUUAGGCCUCCAUAUUAACCUCACCUGUUUAAAUCCUCCUCUCUUAUGAUUUGACCUCUGGAAAUUUGUUUAAGUAUUUGCUAACAUUUUUGUUGAUUACAAAUUGUAAUGUUGGGCCUGAAUUGGAUAUUUUUGUAUGUUCUAUUUUGUGCUGUUCCUGACUUGGAGAAAAUAUCUAUGGCUAGGAGUAAAAAUGUAUCCACUCUGUCUCCUCCAUAUGGGUUCUCAAGUACUGUACAUGCCGACAAAUUGUGAAUGAAACUAAUUAUAAUUAAUUUA